CUAAGCUUUAUUCUCAUAUAUCUACUAUUUAUUCGCUUAUUGAAAGGAUGAAUGAUGGAGGAUUAAAUUCGCGCAAUUGGAAUUUCUACGAACAACAUUAUAAUAGACCUGGAAAUCUUAAUCUGCACCUUUUCCCAUCAUUUGAAAGACGCAUCUCGGGACCUUUUCUUGGCCGAGAAAAUGCAAUUGUGAUGAACCAGAAUGGUGGGCAGCUUUGCCCGUUUGUGCCUGAAUCUCCUCUGCAUGUGGACCCUACAAAGGACGCUGUGGCUAGGGAUAAAUUUGUUCAGCAGAUGAUUUCAGCGAAUUCUAGUUUCGCAGGAUAUCACGAGCAUCCUGCAGCUCAUUCAAUGCAUAUGUUGCAGCAGCAGCUACAACAACCACCACAACAGCACGAAUUUCCCAAGGAUGUGAGGGUUGCCGUGGAUACCAGUGUGAAGAAAGAAGACGGUGCCCCUGUGAAGAAAAGGCAAAGUCUUGCUGCACCGAAACCUCCAAAAGCAAAGAAGCCAAAGAGAUGCCAAACCAUUCAGAAGGAAAAUGGCACUUCUUCUGGUCACCGUGCGAAAGCUGCAAGGAAGAAUAUGGAUGUGGUCAUAAACGGGAUAAAUAUGGACUUCUCCAGUAUUCCUAUACCAGUUUGCUCAUGUACUGGUACUCCUCAACAAUGUUAUCGUUGGGGCUGUGGUGGUUGGCAAUCUGCUUGUUGCACCACAACAAUAUCCAUGUAUCCUUUGCCAAUGAGUACAAAACGAAGGGGAGCCAGAAUUGCAGGGCGGAAGAUGAGUCAGGGUGCGUUUAAGAAGGUGCUGGAGAAACUGGCCUCUGAGAAUUUCAAUUUCGCUGAUGCAAUUGAUUUGAGGUAUCAUUGGGCAAGGCAUGGUACUAACAAGUUUGUUACAAUCAGGUGAAUUUUCUCUGUGUGGCACUGGAUCGCCAUUUCACAUGUAAUCCUGUUGCUGAAGUUAGAAGAUCGUAGUUCAUGAGUUGGUCGUUGCAACCAUGAUUUUAUAAUCCUUAGAUAUCCUAGUUCCUAAAAUUUGUUUGGUUGUUUCAUGUUUUAUGUUAAGAAGGCAGUUUAUUGCCACCAGAUCGUAGAAUUAUUGUUGACUUCCGUACUUGGUUAUUUUGAGACUAGGUUUUUGUUUUAACUGUGAUCAUUCCGUA